AUGGUUCGCCUUCCAGGCGUCUACUGCUACAUCGAUACACCCGUAUACCUGCCCUUCGUGUCGCGCCUCGACAAUUACGUGAGGUUGAAUCCUGAGAGAGGGAAGAGUGACGAAGAGAAGGCAGCAGAUAGAAUCAAGUACAAGCCCGGAGAGAAUGUUUUACCGAAGCUGCGACGCCGGGAGGAGCGCAGUGAGGACGACGAGCGCAUGCUUGCUGAGGUGCAGGCCUUGAGUCUGCGAGAGGUGGGCAUACCGAGUGGAAGUGGAAGCAGCAACAACGCUUUAGGCCCGCCACGUGAUCGGCGAAGGCGUGAGAGAAGUCGCGACCAGAGCAGAGACUCCCGAAGAAGCCGCGACGGCAGACGCUCGCGGAGCCGCCAGUCGCCAGGAACAUCUCCCACCCGCGUGAUUCUGCCGCCACGAGCCAUAGAACACCAGUCGAGCUUGCGCUCCUUGCUCAGCUCGUCCGAGAUUGAUUCGGAAGAGGUCGACGAAGACCUGGUACGCCAAGUGCUGGAGGAACUCGUCUCCGAGGGCGUCGACUUGAGCCAGAUUGGGCCGUCGCAAGAGGAGGAAAUCACAGAGCGCAUCGCUGAAGCUGUGCGUCGGCGUCACGCGAGCGGAGAGCGCGGAGAGAGCGCCUGGCGCGAGAAGGCUUGGCCAGCUCAUCCGCAACCUCUUUGCCUCCACCGAUGCGAAGUCCGCUGGCAAGGGAAGAGGAUGCUGCACGUCGGAGACCGCAUGGCCGAUCAGAAAGUGGCACCUCAACCCCACAAGCCACUAUUGGUCCGCCGAUAUCACGACCAGGACUCAUUGAUGCUGCUAAUCGCUACCGCGACAGUUCUUCACGACAACCACGCUCUUCCAGUCAAGGGAGCUCUCGCUCGGCGAGGAGAUUGGAACGACCGGCUGCCCUUUCUGUUUCAGCUAGACCGAGCUACAAUGACGCUGAGCGACCUGCGACUUCAGACCCAUCAACAGCGUCUAGCGGCCCUGCACCACGUCGUCGGCAGUCUGACCAAGGCCAGCGAUCUGGAGUGGAAGCCAGACAGCAAUUCCGUAACAGCCUUCAGACCUCCACAUCGCCAGGCGCCAGUUCGCCUCGAGAACACGAGCUGCACCAUCACUGCUCACAUUGCGAUGAUGGGUCCUUUGAUCUGUGUCAUCGUUGCUAUCGAGCUGGCAAAGGAUGCAAACACUGAGUCUUUGACACCGCCGCAUGUGCUCAUGAGCGAAGAUGAUCCCAAGGACCGGCUGGAAGACGGCGUGUUUUGCGAUUCUUGCAAGUCAUUUGCCAUCGCUUGUUACUGGAAGUGCGACUACUGCAACGAAGGUGACUGGGGCUUUUGCAAUGAAUGCGUAAAUCAGGGAAAGCAUUGCACGCACCCUCUUCUCCCUCUCGCCCACCAACCUCGAAGCACCAACAACAUGUCAACACCGUCGACCCCACGCUUGGAAUCAGGUCUCUUCCCACCCGAAAUCGAAGUGACCGCAAACACACCUCCCCGCACCCCAAAAGCUGCAUCCUUUAUCCGCGGCCCCGACUACGCUACCAUAGCUAAUCUCGUCUUCCGGCCCCUCAACUUCACCACUCUCUGCAACAUCUGCAGAUACUCCAUCCCACCCUCAAACACGCGCUAUCACUGUCUCAAAUGUAACGCCGGCGACUACGACAUCUGCAUGGCAUGCUACCACAAACUUAACGUCUCAGGCCGCAUCGCCAAAGAAGACGGGAUCAACGGCUGGCGCAAGUGUCUCCGUGGCCAUAGGAUGGUCGUCAUCGGCUUCGAAGACCGCGAUGGCGGCCAGCAGAGGAUGGUCGUGCGCGACCUCGUCGGCGGGUACACGCUCAAAGAAGAUGCUGAUGACACAGCACGAUCGCCGACAUCAGGUAAACCCAUGCGCGAGUGGAAGUGGCGCGAUUACGAAGGUAACGUACACAAUUACCGUGCGCCGCUUAAUGCUGCGGUCCCUGCGCAGAAGUUCCCACCUGAUGGAGGCGUUGGACUGAGGCUGAAGGCUAAGUGGAGUUAUUGGCCGGAUGAGGGCGUCAAGGAUGAGUUGGCGUUCCCGAGGCAUGCGGAGAUUAGGGAAGCGGUGGCAAUUAAUAAAGACUGGUACUGGGGGGUGUAUUGUGGGGGAACGGGUUUGUUACCGGCGAGCUUUGUUGCUGGGGUUUAA